AUGAUGAAACUUUUAGUCACUUUAAUUCUCUUGUCAACACUCUCACUUUCCUCAUGCCUAUUCCGACAAAAUCCUAUUCGCGACACCGAUGGCAACAUCCUCCGAUCUCACACUAACUACUACAUCUUACCCGCCACACAUGGUGGGGGCGGGGGCCUAACCCUAGCCCGUGGAAGCGGGCAACUCUGCCCGCUUGAAGUGGUGCAAGAAGUUAGCCAAGUGAGAAAUGGGCUACCCUUAAAUUUAAUACCCGCCAACAAAGAUGGCAUCAUUCGCGAAUCUAUUGAUCUUAACAUUAAGUUCAAUGAUCUAUAUACGUGUGCUCCAAACACAGUUUGGCAGGUCAACCUGUUUAACGGGCAAAGGACUUUGUCAAGUCGGGGGAUCUUAGGACGGCCAGGGCAGGGAACCAUAGAUAAUUGGUUCAAGAUAGAGAAGUACGAGGCUCACUAUAAGCUAGUAUACUGCCCCUCGGUGUGCCACACUUGCAAGCCGGUUUGUGCGGAUAUUGGUUCUUCUAUCGGCGAAAAAGGGCGUAGAAGUUUGGUUUUGAAUAAUAAGCCUCUUAAGGUCAUGUUCAAGAAGGCAUAAUGACAUGAUGUAAAUUUAUGUGAUAAAACUGAUAAUAAUAAAAUAAAAGCUACUGAUCUUUGUACUAAACGUUGUUGUAUAUGUAAAA